AUGUAUAAAGCUGCUGCUGUAAAGGAACUGGAAUUGUGUGCAGAAGAGACCAGGUCCUUAAAAGCAGUGCAAGAAUCUCAGAGUUUCCAGCUGCAGCCAAUGGAUCACUGGCCUGAGGGACAGUCCCAGAAGCAGUGGGUGAAGAAUACAUGCCCUGACCUUUCCAAUUACCUAAAUGCCAAGAUGGCACCACAGCCCUUGAAAGAGAGUGCUGUUCUUACUCCUCGAGUCCCUACUCUCCCAAAGAUGGGGAGCGUUGGAGAUUGGGAGUUAACAGCUGAGUCCCAGGAAGCCUUGGGCCCUGGCAAGCAUGCUGAGAAGGAGUUCUGCAAGGACCCCCCAGGAGACAACUGUGGGAACAGCGUGUGUCUGGGAGUUCCAAUUGCAAAACCAACUAUUACCUCCCAGCGAGAGCAAGGACCAGAAUUCUGGGAUCUAAACCUUAUAAAUUCUGAGAAAAGGAACACUGCAGAUUAUAGCCUGGAUAAUGAGCAAACAAAACCAGCUCAGGCAUUGGCUUGGAGGGAUUCAAGGGCCUGGGAAGAACAGUACCAAUGGGAUGUGGAGGACAUGAAGGUGUCAGGUGUUCACUGGGGCUAUGAGGAGACUAAGACUUUCCUGGCAAUUUUGAGUGAGUCUCCUUUCUCUGAAAAACUCCGGACUUGUCACCAGAAUCGCCAGGUAUACCGAGCCAUUGCAGAGCGGCUAAGGGCACGGGGCUUCCUGCGGACACUGGAGCAGUGUCGGUAUAGGGUCAAAAACCUCCUACGUAAUUACCGGAAAGCCAAGAGUAGCCACCCACCAGGGACCUGCCCCUUCUACGAGGAGCUGGAAGCCCUGGUGAGGGCUCGGACAGCCAUCAGAGCCACAGAUGGCUCAGGAGGUGCUGUGGCUCUCCCCAGGCUGGGGGAUAGUGAUGCAGAGAUGGAUGAACAGGAAGAAAGUGGCUGGGAGCAUGAGGAAACAGCAGAAGACUGUAACAGUGCUGGCCUGGCCCCUGAUGAGUCCGCCCAGGGGCCUAGGAUUGCAGGGGGGCCAGCUCUACUCCACAGUCGUAUUGCAGGUGUGCACUGGGGCUACGAGGAGACCAAGGCUUUCCUGGCAAUUCUCAGUGAGUCCCCAUUCUCUGAAAAGCUUCGCACCUGUCACCAGAACAGUCAGGUGUACCGGGCCAUUGCAGAGCGGCUGUGUGCACUGGGCUUCCUGCGGACCCUGGAGCAGUGUCGGUACAGAUUCAAGAACCUCCUUCGAAGCUACCGGAAAGCCAAGAGCAGCCACCCACCAGGGACGUGCCCCUUCUAUGAGGAGCUGGACUCGCUGAUGAGGGCUCGGACUGCAGUCAGGGCCCUGGGGACUGUCAGGGAGACCACAGGUCUUCUUAGGUCUGGGCAGAGCAGUACUGAGGCUGAUGACCAGGAGGCCUGGGGUGAGAUGGCCGAUGAAGAUGCCAUCAGACCUCCAACCCCACAUCCUAAAUCCCCAGACAUGGGUUUUGAGAUGAGGAAUGAAGAUGAAGAUCAGAUGUCAGAGCAGGACAUUUUUGAAAAUUUGCCUGGAACCUUAUCAAAGUGUACUACAGAGGCUGUUUGCCAACCUCAUGAUUGGGGGGAAGACAGUGAAAAUGAAAACGAAAGUGAAGGACAGUGGGGAAAUCUGCCACAGGAACAAUGGGAAGAAUGUUCUUCUGAAGAGGACUUAGAAAAACUUAUUGACCAUCAAGGCCUGUACCUUGCAGAGAAACACUACACGUGUGACUCAUGCAUGAGAAGCUUCAGUCGGAGCUCCCACUUCAUCGCCCACCAGCGGAUCCACACAGGUGAGAAGCCCUACAAAUGCCUUGAAUGUGGAAAAAGCUUUAGUGACCGCUCCAACCUCAAUACCCAUCAGAGAAUCCACACUGGAGAGAAGCCCUACCAAUGCCUUGAAUGUGGGAAAAGCUUUAGUGACCAUUCCAAUCUUGUUACCCACCAGAGAAUCCACACAGGGGAAAAGCCCUAUAAAUGUGGUGAAUGUUGGAAAAGCUUCAACCAGAGCUCAAACCUUCUGAAACAUCAGAGAAUCCACUUGGGAGGAAAUCCUGACCAAUACAGUGAGCCUGGAGAAAACUUUGGUCAAAACUCAUCUUUUAGUGCUCAUUGGAGGAAUUCUACAGAGGAGACAUCUACUGAACAACCUGAAAGUAUCAAUAAGAACUUGAAUUCUCCUGGAUUGCACAGUGCCAAUUCAGGGGAGAAACUUUAUCAGUGUUCUGAAUGUGGAAGAAGCUUCUCUAAGAGCUCUGCCCUCAUUAGUCACCAAAGAAUCCAUACUGGAGAGAGACCAUAUGAAUGUGCGGAAUGUGGGAAAAGCUUCAGUAAGAGCUCCACCCUGGCCAACCACCAGCGAACCCACACUGGGGAGAAGCCAUAUAAGUGUGCAGACUGUGGGAAGUGCUUCAGUGAGCGCUCCAAGCUCAUCACACACCAGAGAGUGCACACAGGAGAGAAGCCCUACAAAUGCCUUGAGUGUGGAAAAUUCUUCCGUGACCGUUCUAACCUCAUUACUCACCAGAGGAUUCACACGGGAGAAAAGCCGUAUAAGUGCAGAGAGUGUGGGAAAUGCUUUAACCAGAGCUCCAGUCUUAUUAUUCACCAGAGAAUCCACACUGGGGAGAAACCCUACAAGUGUGCAGAGUGUGGCAAAGACUUCAACAACAGCUCCCACUUCAGUGCCCACCGGAGAACCCACACAGGAGGGAAAGCAUCGUAGGAGACACCUCCCCUCACAACAAAGGAGAGGUGUAUAUUUGCAUUUUUCAAGAUCAUAAGACAUAUGCUAGAAAGAAACUUUCCAAUUUUUAAGCUUGGUGUAUACCCAGGGAAGUUAUUUUGGUAUAAUCCAUAUGACUUGGAAGUGAAUUACAAAUAUUAAGGAUCCAGAUUUGAAGGCACUUUUCUCUCAAGUGUAGUUUUUCUCCUGUAAAAAAUCCACACGCAAUCCUCAGGCUGUCCUUGUAUUUACUAUCAUGUGGGAACUUUAUCAGUAUUUGAGCCAAAUUGGUAAUUUAGGGGAUUAGAUUUAAAUCAGUAGCCCUGAGCAGUGAUUCCAAACUCUUGCUGUGCCUUCACACCAUCUGCAUGUAUACACACCCCAUCAGAAGUGGUUUCCAUACAUUUUCAUAUCCUCAUGGGAGAACUUUGAGACUUGGUGGUGAGAGAGGAGCUGGCCUGGAGCAUACCACUGCAAGCUCAGCAAAGAGUAGGAACAGCAGACAUCAUUAAAAAAAAUCAUUAUUAACAAUAGCAAAAA